CAAAUUUUGAACAUUUGUAAUACUUAUCAUAUUAUUUUUUAAAAUAGUUUAUGAUAAAGAAGCGUGCAUUUGUUUACCGUAAAUAGUGCAUCAAGGAGUAAUAUUUCAAUCUAAAAAAUUAUGCAAAGAAAUAACUCCUAAUAUGAGGCUUUUAACAUACUCUAUUUUUUUCUGUCUCUUGGGUAUAUCAUAUGCUGAAAUUUAUUUAGCAUAUACAAAUAACUCAGGAACUUACACAGAAAAACGACCAGCUACCCCUUACGAAGAAAUUCAAGUGCAAAGUGUUCACGUUUCGGAAAAUACCGAAAAUGCUGAAACAGAAGAUCAAAACGAUUUGCAAGUAGAAACUGUUCAAAAUAAAUCGUCGGUAGUCAAUGUUCCAGUUUCUAUAAAUGACAAUAAUGUGAAUAAUAAUUUUGGUUUGAGAAAUCUUCAUAGUGUUCAAAGGACUGGGUAUACUUAUCGAAAUAAUGAUUGUGUGUCCUGUAAGGACGAAAAUCGCCGUGUAAAUAGUUAUCCACCUUUAGAACCAGCCUCUGAUUCAGUAGAAGAUGUUGAUGCCGAGACUGAUUGCUGUUACAUUUCCAAAAAAAGACACUGUCUUGAAAACAACGGUGUUUACACCUGCAAGACUCAAGUUUUACAAGCAUGUGGCGAAAGAUGUCACAACCCUAAAAAUGGCGAAGAGGCAUAUUUCCAAACGGAUUUAGAUAAUCCAAAACCUGUUUCAAAGCCUAAAAAGAAAGUAACACAUCCCUACGCAAACGUCCCACAUCAUGAAAAAACUUAUCCUGGUAAAAGGCAUCCUAGACCAUCGGUUGUGCCAAUUAGACCAAGAGAGAGACCUUAUGGAAGAACACCAGGUGCACGUUAUCCAUGGAAUAAUGGUGAAGAUAACUUUGACCAAGGUGUAUAUGAUACUGAAUUUGAUCAAGGGACUUCAUAUCACAAUGUUCGUCCACCAAGGCCAUACCAUAGGCCAGGGUUUCACCAUAAAUAUCCUGGUCACAGAGUUCGAUAUCCUCAACCAAAUGCCUACUAUCCUAAUGAAAGACCGGUUUCUUUCUACAGAAAUCCACAACCUAACAAUUUUUACAGAAAUCCAGGUUUUAGUGCUUACUAUGGAAAUUAUGGGUAUGGAAAUAACUUCAAUGGUUUUCGUAGAAAUCGUCGAAGAUACAGGACUUCGUACGCUCCCACAUUUUCAUAUCAGAAUGGAGGAGAUAAUUAUUAUAAAAAAUAAACUAACAUCGUAUAAUAUAUUCUCGCAAUAAUUUAGAAUUUAGAUGCAAUUAAAAUACUA